AUGACAUCCGCCAUGACUCGUCCUGAGGACAUAAUACGUGGGCCGCGCUUGAACCGUAGCGAGACAGACGAAGAUGAGACAGAAAAUGGAACGCCAGAGUCAGGGGGAUUCCUCGCGUCACAAAGCGAUGAUUUUCCGUACCCAGAAGAGGAAAGUCGGCCAGGGACUGCUUUAGAUGAUGCCCCGGAUAAUACCAGCAAGCAACCGACUGCACCAAAAACCCUUAGCCCGGAGGAAACCAUUGAGCUAGCGCGACAUGCCGUUGAAAGUGGCAUUCAAGACACCAAGCGUUCCCUGGCAGGCAGCGAGGCCGUCACAGAUGUGGUCAAGCCUAAGUUGACCAUUGACCUUGGUCAUUCACACAUUGCCAGGAUCCCCGAACCAGUAGUGGACUUGAUCAAAGACGAGGUCGAACGGCUGUCUCUGUCGAACAAUCAACUUUUCCACAUUCCCUAUCGCUUCGCAGAGUGCUCGCAUCUACGCUAUCUCAAUAUCAGAGCAAAUAACUUCCGUGAAUUCCCCAAAGGAGUUUACAAACUACCAUUACUCGAAAUUCUUGAUUUAAGUCGAAAUAAAAUCAAGGAGUUACCAAAUGAGAUCAGCAAAUUGAAGUCAUUGCGAGUUCUCUCGAUGAUGCAAAAUCGCCUCGUUGACCUCCCUGCUGGACUCUCCGAGAUGCAUAAGCUUCAAAUUUUCAAAUGUGUGGGGAAUCCUCUGCGAAAGCCACUGCGUGACAUACUAGAGGAAACCGAGAACGACGCAGCACCAUCUGGGAUGACCGACAACGAGAAAGAAGUUGCAGCCACGACCAAACUUAAGAGAUUCUUCAUGAAAACACGACAACAGACGAGUACACCCGAGCCAGAAAUCGUUGCUUAUACAAGUGAUGGUUCUUUUGAUAUUAAACCGGUACCAACACCGAUACCCUCGAAGCGGAAUUUGAGUGGCCGAUUUCCAGUAAUUCCUAGCACUGGUGAUAGCUCAGCAACCUCAUCUCGAUCUCCAUCGAUAUCACGAGCACCGCCAAUUCCCUUGAAAUCACACUAUCGCAUGGCCUCUGGACAGCAAGGUGCUACUUACCACCUGCCUGGUCUCCAAAGACCUGGUGUUGCACCUCACUCUGUCAACGAGCGCAAUCGAAGUAAUAGUGAGGGGAUAAUCCAAGGAUCAUCGGUUGCUCGUAGCAAAAGAAUGGGAGUGAUCACUCGGAAGAAUACUGAUCUGGGUACAUUGGAUGAAACGCGCCCAUAUCGAAAUAGCCAUCUACGGGGUCUCAGCCAUGGAUCUGUGCUUCGACCGCGCCAGAGUGCGCCGCCAAUAGCCUCGAAUGACAGUACUCCCCCAAGCCCCACCAGCCCAAGAGAGCGUCGGCGUCCGCGAGAUGGCUGGGUUAAUCGAAUGUCGAGUCUGCCUGAACACAAGGGUGAGCGUGGAUCCGACGAACCGAUAAUCAAGAGUGCAAAAGGUAUUCUUUUUGCUCUCGCUCAAGUUCAUUCCCAUAUCGAUACAUUGAUCAACGUGAUCAAGCAUGAUGACACCAGACGCCACAGCCUUGAGCUUGUCUUUUAUAAUGCUUCCUCGCAUGUUGACCAACUCAACGAUGCCCUCGAGAAAGCAUCAAAUGCUUUGUGCAAUGAUCCAGAGUCAAUCGCAUCAGUCACAGAAACGGUCAAACGUGAAUGCGAGACAUGCAUCUCCGCCUACAUUCACGUCGGCACGCAGCUACGCAACAAUGUCGCCAAGAUCGUUUCCAACGGCGAUCCGCGCUAUGUACGAUCGCUAAUGCUAACGAUGUUCGGCAGCCUAGUGGAGCUACGGAAUGCUUGCACUAUUCUCAAUGCUCCGCUGCAGACCAUCAACAAACGUAGCUCUGCUACAAAGCGCUUGGUUGGGCCAAGUAACCCACUCCCCGCGGUCCCAGACCGAUCUCAACUCCCCUGGUCACUCCAACGAGAGAUCCCGCCCCACCCACACGACGAUUGCGAAGCGACACGACAAUUCGACACCCUCAGUACCCUAUGA